UCCACACUUCACCAUGUGUAUGACGAAUACAGGGGACCUCCUCUCUACAUAAACGGUACAUAGUGUCUCUACGGUUGCACGAAUGGGAAUAUUUCUGCUUGUUGGAAAAACGAAUCCGCCUGGUGGCUGGCGAGGAGAUGCGACCGGUCUGGGGGUGGACUGGAGCGCGCCUUGCGACCGGCAGGGGGAGAAUUGUCUGGCGUGGGGUCGGGGGGAUUGUGAUUCUGGGACGGGGUCAACUUUGGGAUGUUUUCAUUUUUCUUUAUUCCUCCUAUUUUUUUUUUUUUUUUUCCUUUUUUUGCUGCGAUUUCAAAUUCUUCUUCACUGUGUAUGUGUAACUAGGACUAUGGGAGUUGUUGAUCAACCGAUAUUGAAUGAAUCGAUUUGGAUUGAAGUGGAGUGAAAUGAGUCUAGACUAGUAGAGUAUUGAUUUGGCGUUAGUAAUGGGCGGAAGCUUGCUGGAAGCAGAGGAGCAGAGAGACAGCAACAACAGAGUAGCACAGAUCAGAUCAGCUUAGCUUCCGUGUGGCCGAACAGCAGAUAACCG